AUGAACAGAAUCAACCUCUCCCUCCUCAAGCCCGGCGCGCUCAAGGGCAGCCUCAAGCUGCCCAAGAGCACGCUCAACAUCCGCCCCGCCGCGCGCGACACCGCCGCCUCGCGCGCACUCCUGGCCCGCUGCUCGGAGGAGCUGUAUCAAUGGCAGAGUACAGAGCUCCCCGCCGACAACUCGUUCGUCCUCCACGACGGCCCGCCAUACGCAAACGGCGACCUGCACCUCGGCCACGCGCUCAACAAGAUCCUAAAAGACAUCAUCGGGCGCUACCAGAUCCUGUCCGGCCGGCGGCUCUGCUACAUCCCCGGCUGGGACUGCCACGGGCUGCCCAUCGAGCUCAAGGCGCUUCAGAGCCUUGACUCCCCCACCACCACCACCACCACCACCACCACCGCACCAGAGAACAGCAAAAAGAAGCACCCCAAAAAGGCCAAAGAAACCACCGCCGCCGAAGCCGCCGAAAGCGGCAAAUCCAUGCCGCCCGCCCAGCUGCGCCGCCUCGCGGCCUCCCUCGCGCGCACGACGGUCGACGCGCAGAAGGAGGGCUUCAAGAGCUGGGGCGUGAUGGGCGACUGGGAGCACGCGUACCGCACGCUCGACACCGACUACGAGGUCGAGCAGCUGCGCGUGUUCAGGGACAUGCUGGACAAGGGAUUGAUCUACCGCCGCUUCAAGCCCGUGUGGUGGAGCCCGUCGUCGGGGACGGCGCUGGCCGAGGCGGAGCUCGAGUAUGACGAGCGGUAUGCGAGCACGGCGGCGUUUGUGCGCUUCCCCAUGGUGGCGGAGGGGGCGCUGGCGGACGAGUUCCCGGGGCUGGCGGCGGCGAUAUGGACGACGACGCCGUGGACGGUGCCCGCGAACAGGGCGAUUGCGGUGGGGGCGGGGAUGGAGUACGCGGUUGUGCGCAACUCGCGGCACGGGUAUCUGCUGUCUGCGAGCGAGCGGGUCGAGGCGUUCAUGGGCUUCCUGGAGGGCGAGACGGAGGUCGUCCGCGCGGGGAUCAUGGGCGAGGAGCUGGUCGGGCUGCCAUAUACGCACCCGCUGCUGAAGAAGGACUCGCCGCAGCAGCCGAUCAUCGCCGCCGACUUUGUCACGGCCGACUCGGGCACGGGGCUCGUCCACUGCGCGCCGGGCCACGGCGCGGACGACUACCUCGUGUGCCUCAAGCACGGCAUCGCCCCGUUCUCGCCCGUCGACGCCGACGGGCGCUACACCGCCGACGCCCGGCCCUUCGGCGGCGCCCUGCACGGCCUGCACGUCAUCAGCGAGGGCACACCGGCCAUCAUCGACCUCCUCGCGGCCGGCGGGGGCCUCCUCGCCGUGCAGGAGAGGUACCGCCACAAGUACCCGCUCGACUGGCGCACGAAGCAGCCCGUGAUCGUGCGCGCGACGGCACAGUGGUUCGCCGACGUCGACGCCAUCAAGGCGCCCGCGGUCGACGCCCUCUCCGGCGUAAGAUUCGUCCCGGAGACGGGCCGGUCGCGCCUCACGGCGUUCGUGCAGGGGCGCUCGGAGUGGUGCAUCUCGCGCCAGCGCGCGUGGGGCGUUCCCAUCCCCGCGCUGUACGACGCGGAGACCGGCGACCCGCUGCUGACGGCCGACAGCGUCGACCAUGUCAUCGCCGUGAUGCAGGAGCGCGGCACCGACGCCUGGUGGGGCGACGCGGCGGACGACCCCGCGUGGGUGCCGGAGAAGAAUCGCGGCGAUGGGCGGAGCUACGUGCGCGGGACCGAGACGAUGGAUGUGUGGUUCGACAGCGGCACCAGCUGGGCGACGCUGAAGCGGCGGAUCGGGGAGCGGCCUGGGGGGCGGCCGCUCGCGGACCUGGUACUCGAGGGGUCGGACCAGCACCGGGGGUGGUUCCAGAGCUCGCUGCUGACGUCCGUGGCGUGCAGCGGCGUGCAGCCAUAUGGCGCCGUGCUGACGCACGGGUUCUGCAUGGAUGCGAGGGGGAAGAAGAUGUCGAAGAGCCUGGGCAACGUGGUGGCGCCGCGGGACAUCAUCGAGGGGAGGAUCCCGAAGGCGAGGGCGCUGAGCGGCGGCGGCGGCGGCGGCGGCGGCGGCGGCGGCGGCGUGGAUGCGCUGCGGCUGUGGGUGGCGUGCGCGGACUAUACGAAGGAUGUGGUGGUGGGCGAGGGCGUGCUGGUGCAUGUGCACGAGGCGCUGCGGAAGAGUCGGGUCACGGCGAGGUUUCUGUGCGGGAAUCUGGAGGGGUGGGAUGGCGAGCUGGUGGAGUAUGGGGACUUGACGAAGAUCGAUAAGUAUGCCCUUGCGCAGCUCUACAGAGUCAACAAGGCCGCCCAGGACGCAUACAGCAACUACCAGUUCAACAAAGCCGUCAACGCAAUCACAAACUACACCGCCCUCGACCUCUCCGCCUUCUACCUCGACGUCAUCAAGGACCGCAUCUACUCUGACCCCGCCAACUCGCUCAGCCGCCGCAGCGCACAGACGGUCAUGGCCCACAUCCUGCGCAACUACCUGUCGAUGCUUGCGCCCAUCGUGCCGCUGCUGACGGAGGAGGUGUGGGCGCACACGCCCGCGGCGGUGACGCGGGGCGCCGUGAGCCCGUCGCGCCUGGGCUGGUAUCGGCCUGAGGAGAGGUGGAAUGAUGGGGAGCUGGUGGGGCAUUUUAAGCUGCUGGAGGAGGUGCAUGCCGUUGUGAGGCAGGGGAUCGAGAGGGCGAGGACGGCGCAGAACCUGAAAGUCAACCUCGAGUCCUCAGUCGUGAUAGUCGCCCCCGAAGGCUCCAAAGCCCGCGCCAUCAUCGAGAAAUACCUCGACGAACUCGCCAGCCUCUUCAUCGUCUCCGGCGUCGAACUCUCCAGCACCAUCCCCCAAGACGAAACCACAAAAUGGAGCUACGCCGAGGCGGUAACACUGCUGGGCGACGCCGGCUGCCACGUUGUGGUGAGGCCGGCAAAGGGCCACAAGUGUGCCCGCUGCUGGGUCUACACGGCCGAGGAGGAGGAAGGCAUCUGUGCGCGCUGCGAGGGCACGCUGAGGAGUUAUCCGAGGGGGGAGUAUGAGGCCCUUUUUGCUUGA